UCUAACUUCUCAAGUUCUCAUACUCACGUCCAAAACCUCUCAAAACCCUCGCUCCCACCCGCCGCCGCCUCCGCCGCCACCUCCACUGCCGAUCCCAAGCAAGAUGAGUCGGCACCCUGAAGUUAGGUGGGCCCAGAGGAUUGACAAGGUGUACAUCACAGUACAAUUGCCUGACGCAAAGGAUGCUAAGGUCAAUCUGGAACCUGAUGGUGUAUUCUCUUUCUCUGCCACUGCUGGAACUGAUGGAAACUCCUAUGAAUCAAAACUAGAUUUGAAUGACAAAGUUAAUGUCGAGGCAAGCAAAAUAAGUGUUGGUGUCAGAUCCAUAUUCUGCAUUGUUGAAAAAGCUGAGGCCAAAUGGUGGAAUAAGCUUGUUCGAGAUGAUCAAAAGGCACCUCACUUUGUGAAAGUUGAUUGGGACAAAUGGGUCGAUGAAGAUGAUGAUGGUGCUGAUAUAAAUGUUGAUGGGAUGGAUUUCGCGAAUAUGGGUGGCAUGGGAGGUAUGCCUGGCAUGGGAGGUAUGCCUGGCAUGGGAGGUAUGCCUGGCAUGGGAGGUAUGCCUGGCAUGGGAGGUAUGCCUGGCAUGGGAGGUAUGCCUGGCAUGGGAGGUAUGCCUGGCAUGGGUGGCAUGGGUGGUAUGGGUGGCAUGAGUGAAUUGGCCAAUAUGAUGGGUGGCAUGGGCGGCAUGCCACAUGGCAUGGGUGAUAUGGGGAUGGAUGAGUUUGACGAUGAGAGUGAUGAGGAAGGAGAAGUGUCCAAACCUCAAGAGGAAGGAAAGGCAGAUGCAGCAGAAAAGCCUGAGGAGGUUGGAGCCAGAGUUGACACAGCUCACGUCAACUGAAGGCUUCUUACUUGAUAAUUCCUACCCAGAUUGUAUCCUCGUGUUUUUAUUGAUCUGCUGAACAGAAGGGCACAUUCUACCCCCCUGGCAGGGAUUGAUGAUAUAUUUUGUAAGAUGAUCAUGCCUUCAUACUUGUGGUCCAAUUAAGAAUCUGGUCCUUCAGCA